UACGGAGCAGAACUCCAAGAGACCAAAACCCCGCACAAAAAUCCUUUUCCUCCCUACACCCAAAUUUAUGAGAUUAUGAUUAACUAAUUCAAGUGAGGGAGUUCGUUAAACGGAUCCAUAAAAGAAAAACCAUCAUCUCAAAAUUUGAUUUGAUGAUGGGAAACUACGAUAGAUCGAAGUUUUGGAUUUUGAUGCUUUUGAUUUUCAUUGGCAUUUGUGGGGUUUUUGUUUCUGCUCAAUCUCAUCGACCCAAGAAUGUUCAGACUGCACUUCGUGCUAAGUGGGAGGGUACUCCUCUUCUUUUGGAAGCUGGAGAAUUGUUAUCUAGAGAGUGGAAAGACCUGUUCUGGGACUUCGUUGAUGUCUGGCUUCAGCACGAGAAUGAUGAUGUUGAUUCAAACACAGCGAAAGGCUGCAUGCUUAAGAUUGUUAAACAUGGGCGCUCUUUCUUGAGUGAACAUCUUGGCUCCAUGUUUGAAUUUUCUCUAACUCUUCGAUCAGCAUCAACUAGAUUAGUCCUUUAUAGACAGUUAGCGCAGGAAUCUCUAUCUUCAUUUCCUUUGACCGAUGAAGCUGUUAUGAAUGCUGGUGAUGUGGCUUCAGAUUUACACGGCAAUACAAAUAUUGGGAACAGAAAACCUGACCCCCUUCUCGUAGGAGUGAAUCUAAAAAGUCCAGGAGGAAAAUGCUGUUGGGUUGAUGUUGGUGCAUCAUUAUUCUUUGACGUUGCUGAAUUGGUAGAGUGGCUACAGAUCCAAGGUGGGGAUUCAUCUCAGCAGCCUGAACUCUUUGAAUUUGAUCAUGUAUACUCGGUUUCCAAUGGUUCAAGUCCAGUUGCCAUUUUAUAUGGAGCUUUGGGAACUGACUGCUUUAGGGAGUUUCAUGGAGUACUUGUUCAUGCUGCCAAUAAGGGAAAGGUUAAAUAUGCUGUAAGAUCUGUAUUACCUAUUGGUUGUGAAGUGAAGACUAGCCGUUGUGGUGCACUUGGUACCAAAAGUCCUGUAAACUUGGGGGGCUAUGGCGUGGAGCUUGCCUUGAAAAAUAUGGAAUACAAGGCUAUGGAUGACAGCAUGAUUAAAAAAAGUAUUACUCUUGAGGAUCCUCAUACAGAAGAUCUUAGCCAAGAAGUUAGGGGCUUUAUUUUUUCCAAAAUACUGGAGCGUAAACCUGGGCUCUCCUCUGAGAUUAUGGCUUUUAGGGAUUACCUUUUGUCAUCCAGUAUAUCAGAUACUCUGGAAGUUUGGGAAUUGAAAGAUCUGGGACAUCAAACUGCGCAGAAAAUUGUUCAUGCCUCCAAUCCUCUGCAAGCAAUGCAAGAAAUCAAUCAGAAUUUCCCCAGUGUUGUUGCAUCAUUAUCAAGGAUGAAGCUAAAUGAUUCCGUGAAGGAUGAGAUACUUGCAAACCAGCGGAUGGUCCCUCCUGGCAAGUCCUUGAUGGCUUUAAACGGCGCUUUGAUCAAUAUUGAAGAUAUUGAUCUUUAUCUGUUAAUUGAUUUGGUGCACCAGGAGUUGUCUUUGGCUGAUCAAUUUUCAAAGCUGAAGAUUCCUGAACCUACUAUAAGGAAACUACUUUCAACUGUGCCGCCUUCAGAAUCAAGUAUGUUCCGCAUUGAUUUCCGCUCAAGUCAUGUUCAUUAUAUCAAUAACUUGGAAGAGGAUUCUUUGUACAAGCGGUGGCGUAGCAAUGUAAAUGAGAUUUUGAUGCCAACAUUUCCGGGACAACUACGGUACAUUCGCAAGAAUCUCUUCCAUGCAGUUUAUGUUAUUGAUCCUGCCACCUCUUGUGGGCUUGAGGUGAUUGAUAUGAUUGCCAAUCUGUAUGAAAAUCAAUUUCCAAUGAGAUUUGGAGUAAUUUUAUACUCCACAACAUUCAUUGAGAAGGUGGAGAAAAAUGGUGGGGAGAAUCUUGCAGAUUUUAGUGUCAGCUCAAAUGAUGAAGAUAUUUCUAGUUUGAUAAUUCGUCUUUUUAUUUACAUCAAGGAACACCACGGGAUGCUGACCGCUUUUAAGUUCUUGGGCAAUGUUCACUCAGAGUUUGGUGAUUCUGGUGAAGAAGCUCCUGAAAGGCAUCAUGUGGAAGGAGCAUUUAUAGAUGCAGUAUUAAGCAAGUCAAAGUCUCCUCCCCAAGACGUGUUAUUGAAAUUGGACAAGGAGAAGGAUUUUAAAGAUGUAGCACAAGAAAGUUCCAUGUCUGUUUUCAAGCUUGGAUUAUCGAAGCGCAAAUGUUGCCUCUUGUUAAAUGGCCUUGUGUACAAUUCAAACGAGGAAACUCUGCUAAAUGCUAUGAACGAUGAGCUUCCAAGGAUACAGGAACAGGUCUAUUAUGGCAACAUUGAUUCACACACUGAUGUGUUGGAUAAAUUUUUUUCUGAGAAUGGCAUAAGGCGCUACAAUCCACUGAUUAUAACUGAUGGGAAAUUCAAACCUAAGUUUGUGUCCCUUUCCAAUUCAAUUCUUAAUGAGAGAUCUGCUCUUCAUGAGAUAAACUACCUCCAUUCUCCUGAAACUAUUGAUGAUUUGAAACCAGUGACACAUCUUCUUGCCAUUGAUUUGACAUCAACAAAAGGGAUGAAGUUGCUUCAAGAAGGAAUACGUUAUCUUGAAGAUGGGUCAACAAAAGCUCGUAUUGGUGUACUGUUUGUCCCAAAUUUUGCUUUUGAUUCACCUGGCCUCCUUUUUGUGAAGAUCUUCCAAGUUACUUCGUUAUCGUAUAGCCAUAAGGAAGGGGUUUUGAAGUUCCUGGAUCAGCUAUGCUCAUUAUAUGAGCAUGUCUUCAUGAAACAUUCUUCUCAGCAGGCAGAAAGCAUGAAAGCAUUUAUUGAAAAGGUUUCUGAUUUAGCAGACGUGAAUGGAUUGCCAUCUAAGGGGUUUAGUUCUCUGCUUACGGAGUUUGCAGCCGAGGAUUUGCAAAACCAAUUGAAUAAGGUGGCUCUAUUUCUACACAAGCACCUUGGACAUGAAUCUAAUUCAAAUGCAGUCAUCACCAAUGGGAGGGUGACAAUAGUUUCUGAUGAAAAUACCUUCCUGUCUCAUGAUCUGAAUCUAUUGGAGUCGUUUGAGUUUAAGCAGAGAAUAAAUCAUAUUUCAGAAAUCAUUGAAGAUUUGAAGUGGGAGAACACUGAUCCUGAUUCUCUAACGAGCAAGUUCAUCAGUGAUGUCAUUAUGCUUGUCUCUUCAUCAAUGGCCACACGAGAUCGAAGUACCGAGGGUGCUCGUUUUGAGAUUUUGCAAGCGACAUACAGUGCUGUUGUGUUGAGCAGUGAAAGUCCUAUCCAUAUUGAUGCAGUGAUUGACCCCUUGAGUCCGUCAGGACAGAAGCUUACAUCUAUUCUCCAAAUCUUAGGGAAAUAUUUUCAGCCAAACAUGAGAAUUGUACUUAAUCCAUUGAGUUCGCUUGUUGAUCUCCCAUUGAAGAAUUACUACAGAUAUGUUGUUCCAUCGAUGGAUGACUUUAGUUGCUCUGAUUAUGCUGUGAAUGGUCCUAAGGCUUUCUUUGCAAAUAUGCCAUUAUCCAAAACGUUGACCAUGAACCUUGAUGUACCUGAAACAUGGCUUGUGGAGCCUGUCAUUGCUGUCCAUGACUUGGAUAACAUAUUGCUCGAAAAUUUGGGAGAUACAAGGACACUGCAAGCUGUAUUUGAACUCGAAGCGCUUGUUCUUACAGGUCAUUGUUUUGAGAAGGACCAGGAACCACCAAGAGGUCUUCAAAUGAUUCUCGGUACCAAGAGCGCUCCCCAUCUGGUUGAUACUCUUGUCAUGGCAAAUUUAGGCUACUGGCAAAUGAAAGUGUCUCCUGGAAUAUGGUAUUUGCUACUUGCUCCAGGCAGAAGUUCUGAACUUUACCAUUUGAUAGAGGAUGAUAGUGGAAGACAAAAGGCCACCUUUUCAAAGCGUAUAAUCAUAAAUGAUUUACGCGGUAAAGUCGUUCAUUUGGAAGUAGUGAAGAAAAAGGGAAAAGAACAUCAGAAGUUGCUGGCCUCUGAUGAUGAUGAUGGCCAAUCGCCUGAAAGUAUCAAAGAAAGUCAGAGAAGUUGGAACAAAAAUCUAUUUAAAUGGGCUUCUGGUCUCAUUGGCGGAAGUCAGAGUACAGAAAACAGUGAUAGCAGAAUGCCGGAGAGUAAAAGUGAUCGAUACGGGAAAACCAUUAAUAUAUUUUCGGUUGCUUCAGGACACUUAUAUGAAAGAUUUCUCAAAAUUAUGAUAUUGAGCGUUCUGAAGAACACUCAUCGGCCUGUCAAGUUUUGGUUUAUUAAGAACUAUUUGUCUCCAAAGUUCAAGGAUGUCAUUCCACUUAUGGCACAAGAAUAUGGAUUUGAUUAUGAACUGAUAACUUACAAGUGGCCUACAUGGUUGCAUAAACAAACAGAAAAGCAACGGAUUAUUUGGGCUUAUAAAAUCUUGUUUCUUGAUGUAAUAUUUCCCCUGUCACUUGACAAGGUAAUAUUUGUUGAUGCAGACCAGGUUGUCCGAGCUGACUUGGGUGAGCUUUAUGACAUGGAUAUAAAAGGGAGACCUUUAGCAUAUACACCAUUCUGCGAUAAUAACAAAGAUAUGGAUGGCUAUCGAUUUUGGAGACAAGGAUUCUGGAAAGAGCACUUACGAGGAAGACCCUAUCAUAUAAGUGCUCUGUAUGUCGUAGAUCUGGCCAAAUUCCGACAAACUGCAGCAGGAGAUAAUCUUAGAGUAGUAUAUGAAACUUUGAGCAAGGAUCCUAAUAGUCUCUCUAAUCUGGACCAGGAUCUUCCUAACUAUGCACAACAUACAGUUCCGAUAUUUUCUCUCCCACAAGAAUGGCUCUGGUGUGAGUCAUGGUGCGGGAAUUCUACAAAACCCAAGGCAAAAACCAUUGACCUGUGCAACAAUCCAAUGACUAAAGAACCCAAGCUUCAGGGUGCUAGAAGAAUUAUAGCCGAGUGGGUUGAUCUUGAUCAAGAGGCAAGACUAUUCACUGCUAAAGUAUUAAAUGAAGAAAUGGAUCCUGUUGAGUUUACACCACCAUCUCUUCAAUCCGAGAGUCUGAAAACUGGUGAAGACAUUGACUUGGAGUCCAAGGCAGAACUGUGAACAGUUUUUUUGGCGGUCUUAUGGGUUAUGAGAACGGCGUAAUACUGAUCACUGAUGUCUUCAAUUUCUGCUGGUAAAGAUAAAGAUAAAGAUUCUACACUGCACAUCAAGGAAUCUAUAUUAAGCAACCCUUCACUGUCCAGCUGUGACUAAAUAACAUUGGAUACCUAGGUUAGUGGCUACUACUCCGUACACGAUAACCAAAGUUACAAUUGUUACAAAAUCUCAUUGAGAACUUGAGCUAUAUUUCAAGCAGAGACAUUUUUGUAGGAAUACUUAUAGAGGUAGAUUCUUUCAUGUAGUUCAACAGUUGACAAUAGUAGGAUAUACAUGAUGUAUUGACGUAUAAUUACGAAACUAGCUUUCUGUCGUUGGUAGGAUUCCUACCUUGCUAUAACAGGUUCUUGGAGGAUAAAACAUAA